AGACAUCACCUGACCGUUACCGUUCCCAAUUGCCCUCCCCCUCUUUCCUGCUCCUCCUCCAUCUCUCCUUGCUUCCCCUAGCCACAACCUCCACAACGAGGCAUAGUGGAAAGAACACUGACAUGACCGAAGAUGGCAUCCGCGAACCUCACCGAUCAGAUGAAGGAGCCCGUCACUGGCGGUGUCGUCUGCUACUCCCCGACGCUCAUCACCACCAACGGCAUCUGGCAGGGCAACAACCCAUUGGAAUACUCGCUCCCCCUCUUCAUCAUUCAGGUCAUCCUCGUCGUCGUCACCACCCGCGUCCUCGUCCUGCUUCUCAAGCCCUUACACCAGCCCCGUGUCGUCGCCGAGAUCAUCGGAGGCAUACUCUUGGGACCAUCGUGCCUGGGUAAGGUGAAAAUUAUCGGCGAAUCGGUCUUCCCGACCAGGAGCUUGCUAACGCUGGAGACUGUGGCGCACGUCGGCCUCCUCUACUUCCUAUUCCUAGUCGGCGUAGAGAUGGAUGUUAUGGUCAUAAAGAGGACCGGGCGGCGGGCGCUGGUCAUCGCGGUGGCCGGCAUGGUCCUCCCGUUCGGCAUCGGCGUCGCAGCCUCCUACGGCCUCCAGCGCCACGUCUCCCAGAACAUUCACCAAGCCUCCUUUCUCCUCUUCAUCGGCGUCGCUCUCGCCGUCACGGCCUUCCCCGUCCUCGCACGCAUCCUCGCCGAGUCCAAGCUCCUCAACACCGAGAUAGGCCGCAUUGCCAUGUCGUCGGCUAUCGUCAACGACAUGUGCGCAUGGAUCCUCCUCGCGCUCUCCAUCGCCCUCGCGGAGUCCGGCAGCGGCGACUCCGCGGGGAAGGGGAAUUCCAGCGGGAACGCGCUGGCGUCCCUCUGGGUGCUGCUCUCGGGUGUGGCCUUCGUAUUGUUCUGCUUCUACGCCGUUCGGCCGGCGAUGCGGUGGGUCAUGAAGCGGACGCCGGAGGGUGAGGGAGUCAGCGACUUCUACGUGUGUCUGAUACUGACCGGCGUCAUGCUGGCCGGGUUGACGACGGACGCCAUCGGGAUUCACUCGGUCUUCGGGGCUUUUGUGUUCGGGCUGGUGAUACCCAACGGGUCGCUUGGGGUGGCGUUGAUAGAGAAGCUGGAGGACUUCGUGACCGGGUUGUUGCUGCCGUUGUUUUUUGUUAUUAGUGGACUGAGGACGAACCUGGCCACCGUAAGGGACAUGAAGGCGGUGGUGCCUCUGGCCGUGGUCUUCCUCCUGGCAAGUGUGGGGAAAAUUCUGGGCACCGUUUUGAUUGCGAUCUUCUUUACGAUGUCGUUCCGGGACGGGGUGGCUCUGGGUUUCCUAAUGAAUACCAGAGGGCUCGUGGAGAUGAUCGUCCUCAACAUCGGAAGGGACAAAGAGGUGCUGGACGACGAGUCGUUCGCGGUGAUGGUGCUGGCCUCGGUGGUGAUGACGGCGAUGGUGACCCCGGUGGUGAUGGCAGUCCACCGGCCGACCCGCCGCCUGAUCGGCUACAAGCGGCGCAACCUCCAGCGUUCGAAGCCCGACGUGGAACUCCGCAUGCUGGCCUGCGUCCACAACACGCGCAACGUCCCCGCGCUCAUCUCCCUCCUCGACCUCUCUCACCCCACCAAGCGCUCUCCAAUCUUCGUGUACGCCCUCCACCUCGUCGAGCUCACCAACCGCGCCUCGUCCAUGCUCAUUGCCCAUAGCGCCGCCGCCACCUCCAAGCCCCACAGCAGCGGCCACUCCGCAUCCACCACCGGCACCCACGCCCAGGCCGACCACAUCUUCGCCGCCUUCGAGAGCUACGAGCAGCAUGCCGGCGGCGUCUCCGUCCAGGCCAUCACCACCGUCUCAACGUACGGCUCCAUGCACGAGGACAUCUGCGCCCUCGCCGAGGAAAAGCACGUCACCCUCAUCGUCCUCCCCUUCCACAAGCAGCAGACCGUCGACGGCGCCAUGGAGCCCAUCAAUUCCGCUAUCCGCACCCUCAACGAGGGCGUCCUCGCCACCGCCCCCUGCUCCGUCGCCGUCCUCGUCGACCGGGGUCUCUCCGCUGCCUCCCGCGCCGCCCCCGCCCACCCCCCCACCCACCACGUCGCCCUCCUCUUCUUCGGCGGCCCGGACGACCGCGAGGCCCUCGCCUACGCCUCCCGGAUGGUCGAGCACCCCGGCGUCACCCUCCUCGUCAUCCGCUUUCUCCCUGGCGACGACCUCGCCGUCCCCACCUCCCCCUCCGCCGCCGCCCGCGACUCCAGAGUCAUCACCAUCGUCACCGACAGCAGUCGCCAGCGGCAGCUCGACGACGAGUGCAUGAACGAGUUCCGGCUGCGCAACGUGAGCAACGAGUCGGUAGCGUACACUGAAAGAGUGGUGAACAGCAGCGAGGAGACGGUGGCGGCGCUGCGGGCGAUGGAGAGCAUACACGAUCUGUACAUAGUGGGGAGGGGGCAGGGGGAGGCGACCCCGAUGACGGCGGCGCUGGCGGAGUGGAUGGAGUGCCCGGAGCUGGGGCCGAUUGGUGACCUGCUGGCUUCUUCGGACUUCUCGGCCACGGUGUCAGUGCUGGUGGUGCAGCAGUACGUCGGCGGGGCGUUGGGGCCGGACGUGCCGGGAGCGUCGGCGGAGAGCCCAACCGGUGGGGCUGUGAAGCAGUACUUGAAUAAUGCCAACCAGCGGAUGUCCGUGGUCGCCGGGACGCACCGUGGGGCGGCGCCAGCAUCGCUCAACGUUACUUGGAAUGGAAGGUAAGUAAGACCUAAUUCUGUGCCGGGCUUGUUAAAAAGUAACUGAUCCAUGUUGAGGCAUGAAUUUUUCUCGAGAGGCCAUGGUAGUGUCGAAUCCAUCUUGAUGGGAUUCGUGCAUUAGAUGCGACCAAAUGAUUCCUCUUAGUUCUUUUGAUGGCUUUAGAGCGUCUCAAACGUUGCUGUGAUUUUCUUUAUUAUUUCUUUUAUUAGCUUCUUUUCAAAUGUACAGAUUGUACACAAAUUUAAUUGUUAGUUUCAUUAA